CUAAAGUAUUCUCAAGAAACGUAAAGUGAUUAUAUAUUAUCCAUAAAUUAAAUGUAACCCCACAUAACAUAUAAAAACAUAAAUAUGUAUUUUUGGUUUGACAUGGAUGCAUAUAAAUAAAAGAAAAUUAUUGACCACAUAAUCACUUGACCGAUAAACAAAUUAGGCCUGUUGAAUUUGUAAUUAGGUGUAUAAUUUAUUAUUUUUCAGUAGUGAGUUAAUUUCACAAAUUAAAGAACAAAUUGCCUUAAUUCAACUGUUAUUUUGUAUUUUUGUGAAGUCAUACUUCAAAAGGCCCACAUAUCCCCACUUCCUACUCCUAGACUGAUCCAUUAAUUCAACACAACACUUCUAUAGUUUCAUUUCCCCACACAAAAUUGAGUUUCCACUCUCACAAAAACACAAACACACCAAGAUAGCAUUCUAAUUUUGAAAAAAUGAAGAAUGAUGAUUCCUUCAAGAAGCCCGGAUCCAUUCCCUUCAAAUGGGAGAUCCGACCCGGAGUCCCGAAGCCCCCCCUAAACGCAACCGGGUCGUUGCCAGCUUCUAGAUCCGUAUCCGAACCCGAUUAUUAUUCGGAUCUUGAGAUCUCGUCGAGGUGGUUCGUUUCGAGUAGGAAAACAGUCCCGACGUCGUCUCCUUCCAUUCACGGGUCAUCGCCCCCGACCCGUUUCAGAUGCGGAAUGGGCAGGGGAGAUAGAGCAGAUAUAGUUCCAAUAUGA